ACUCAGAUCAUAGCAGAAGGAAGGUAAGUGAGAGUGAGAGCAUCCAAAAUCAAAUCCACGGAGAAGAAACAAUGAGACCAAACAUAGUCUUAUUUGGAGAUUCAAUUACGCAAGAAUCCUUCAGAUCAGGCGGCUGGGGUGCUUCUCUCGCUGAUACCUACUCUCGCAAGGCUGAUGUUGUACUUCGUGGCUAUGGCGGAUACAACACCAGAUGGGCUUUAUUUUUGUUGCAUCAUCUCUUCCCUCUUGGCUCAACUAAACCUCCAGUUGCUACCACGAUUUUCCUUGGGGCUAAUGAUGCAGCUCUCGCAGGGAGAACCAGUGAAAGGCAGCACGUCCCUGUCGAAGAGUACAAGGAGAACCUUAGAAAAAUCGUACGCCAUUUGAAGGAAUGCUCUCCCACCAUGCUUAUCGUGCUUAUAACUCCACCACCUAUAGAUGAAGAAGGGCGCAUGGAAUACGCACGAGAAACUUAUGGUGAGAAAGCAAUGACAUUGCCAGAACGAACAAAUGAAACUACAGGAGUAUAUGCAAAGGGGUGCAUUGAACUAGCCGGAGAACUGGGUGUCCGAUCCAUCAAUCUUUGGUCCAAGAUGCAGGAAACAGAUGGUUGGCAGAAAAAAUAUCUAAGAGAUGGGUUGCAUUUGACAGCAGAAGGCAAUGCAGUAGUGUUCGAGGAAGUUGUGAAGGUUUUCAAGGAAGCAUGGCUUGACGCCUCCGAAAUGCCAUAUGAUUUUCCUCACCACUCCGAAAUUGAUGGGAAGAACCCAGAGAAGGCUUUUCAGCAGAAAUGCUUGUAGUUUCCUUCACUUUUUUUGCUUCAUUUAUUAAAACCACAUUAUUCUAAGGGUUUUACAUAUGUUCAUGAAAAAUAAUUACAAAUGUUACAUUAUUUUUGAAAUCCAAGUCUUCAAUAUUUGUAUUAUGACUUGAAAACCAGUUGUUAGAAUGUUAGUGCCUUCAAAGCUAA